AUGUUAAGACUUAAAUUGAUCAGUGCUGCUUUCCAACUUCCUCAUCCGUACAAAAGAGAAACAGGAACUGAAGAUGCAUACUUCAUUUCCCCAAAUAACUUAACAGUUGGCGUGGCUGAUGGUGUUGGAGGAUGGGCAGAACAUUUCGGAGCAAAUUCUGCAUUAUGGUCACAUAAAUUGAUGAAUUUAAGCUGUGAAUAUUCAGAUCUGCCAUCUCCCAUUGAAAUUUUUAAAGCUGCCUUUAAUGAUUUUCAUGAAACAAUCCACGGAUCAACAACAAUAUCAAUUGCAAAAUUAGAAAACGAUACUAUGAUAUUUUACAAUCUUGGUGAUUCUGGAUGCGCAAUUUUCAAAAAUUAUGAAAUGAAAUUUCGAACUAAUUUUACUGUCCAUUCAUUCAAUUUCCCUUAUCAGAUUGGAUCCAAUAAUGAUUCUCAAAUAGAAAACGGUACCAUUGAAGAAUACAAAGUUGACGUAAAUGAUACAAUGGUUUGUGCAUCUGAUGGUCUCUGGGAUAACUUAUAUCCUGAAGAAAUAGGACAAAUAUUGAAAAAAGCAUCAAUAAACGUUACAUCACCAGAAACAUUCGCUCAUAUCGCAGCAAGAAAUUUGGUUAGGAGUGCAUUUACUCGUGGAUCUGCACAUUCUAUACAAACACCAUUUAGUGAUGCUGCUGAAAAAGCUUCCAUUGAUUAUCUUGGAGGAAAACUUGAUGAUACGACCGUAGUAAUCUCGUUUAUAGCUCAAGACGAAUAG